AUGGCGGAGAGUGAUGCUUCGGAAGCUGAUGACCCUUCACUCGGGGUGCUUGGUGGACUGCUUUCCUCAAGUACUACGCACGACUUAUUUCGUGCUUUCAAUAGCGUCACCGAACACUUCACUCUAGGCAGGUGCCCAUCUCCGCCCAUCGUCGGCAGGUCCUUGUCUGGCGUGAAAGAUGGUGCCCAGGAUAUUGGAGACGGAGCCAUUGAAGGACACGGAAAGCAAUACUUGUUGCAAUGGGAGCUAAUGUGGCUUGCUAUGGAAAGUGCAGUAAUUCGGUACUUGGAUCUGUGGAUUGCGUGGGCUUGUGCGUUUUAUUUUUCCCCAAAAGUGUACUUCCGUCACGCACAUGGGAGAAACACGGCACUCUCAAAGUCAGCACACGCGACGACAUCCACUUCGGAAUCAAGGAGCGCCCGCCUGGCAUCUCGUGGUGUAUGUAAUACGCGCAAGCUUGCCGCUGCUGGUGUAGUGAGUUUUAAGUGCUGGGACUCCUUACCAGAAUCGGGCUCAGCUUCUACUUCCCACGACGUAGAUAGCUGCAUAUCCGGCACGACUGACACCAGCGCUCUUAGUCGAGUUUUCAUUGACGACAGCGCAAGUCUUCUCUCGACCGCCUCGGGUGCUAUUGGCCACCGCAAGCGCGACUGGGUCUUAGGCAAUGUAGCGCCAGAUUUCGAACGGCGUUCACUCUACAUGAUCGCGCUUUUGAAUUCAGUAUUGCCGACAUUGCAGGAGGUGCGAGCAGAAUGGGCUUUCGAUGGCAAGGCAGCGCUGCGAGCAGACAUGCUCGCUGCAUGGGCUAACGUCGAAGAGCAGAGUUCACCUGAGGCGGAUAAUUUUACAGCACACGCUUUUAAGUCAGUAAAUCAAUCGGCACUGGCAAAUUAUUUGAAGCCAGACCAGCACAACCAGACACAGCGUCUUUGCGUACCA